AUGAGGCUUCUUCGGUCGUUGAUUCCCUCGCUGCUUGUCAGCUCAGCUGCAAUUGUCUCGGCUGCUUCUUCCUGGAGUUUCGAAGAUGCCACCGUCACCGUAUCAAGCAAAGGCGCUGGAGUGGGUGCAGGUGCGAAGGACAAGCUGAGCCCUACCACACCGCUGUCCAAGUCCGUAUCGUUGGGCGCUACAGACACGUUGAAGCUACAAGUCACUACUGUGGACGGCAAGAAGGCCACGCGGCCACACCAGGCCUUCCUCACCCUUACGGACCCAGCAACCGGCGUAGAGGAGUCUUUCCUCUUUAAUGUGAAAGACAGCGGAAAGGGCAAUGUUAAUCUUGCCCACAAGGACCUCCCGCACCAAUUCCUCACCUCUUCGAAGCCGAUCCCCGCAUCCAUCGUCAUCGGCUCCUUCGGCUCCUCCACGCCCUACAAAGCUAAGGUCUUCGACCUAAACGUCGCCCGCGACCCCAACGUCCCCCUCGCUAUCCCGGAGAAGCCCCUCCGCUACGCCGCCGACAAGGAGAUCCACCAUAUCUUCCGCGAUGACCCGCAAUCCCCGCCUAAGAUCAUAAGUCUGGUGUUCGCAGCUGCUGUUGCUGCUGCUCUUCCUGCGUUGUUCAUUGUCUGGGCGACAGUGGGCGCGAACGCGAACCACCUCAGCAAGGCUCUGGGUAACGCGCCAAUAUCGCAUGCCCUUUUCUUCGGAUCUAUACUUGCAAUGGAGGGUAUCUUCUUCUUGUACUACACCACCUGGAACCUUUUCCAGACUCUGCCGCCUGCGACCAUUGUUGGUUUCGUGGCGUUCAUUAGCGGCAGCCGCGCGCUCUCUGAGGUUCAGGAAAGACGCUUAGCUGGGCUUAGAUGA